UCCUGCGCCGGGCGGCUGCCUGCCCUUUCCCUCCUCCCCGCUUCCCCUCACGUACCGAUGGCGGCGAGUGACGCGGAAACGGCCCAGCAACAAAUUGAUGAAAUUGAAGCUCUUUCAUCCAUAUAUGGUGAUGAUUGGUGUGUUGUUGAUGAAGAUGAAAAAAUCUACUGUAUUAAGAUUAAUGAUUGUCUGGAUCAACCAAAAUGGACCAUCUGUCUGCAGGUGAUUUUGCCGCCAGGAUAUCCAACUGCAGAGCCACCUAUUUAUCAACUAAAUGCCCCUUGGCUUCGAGGACAAGAUUACAUAGAACUAGCAAAUAGCUUGGAAGAAAUAUAUGUACAGAACCUUGGUGAAAGUAUACUUUAUUUAUGGGUGGAGAAGAUACGAGAAGUUUUGAUAGAAAAGGCACAGUCGUCAGAUCCGGAACCAGGUAUUAAGAAAACCAGUGAAGAAGUUGAUGAAGAUGAUGGAGGUGAUUUUCUCCUAGACUAUCAGCCCAUUCAGGAAGAGCCAAUUAAAAUGUUAAAUUACAUUACAUCUGAAAGUCAAGAAGUAGAUGAAGAACUGCCACCUAUACAUCAUGGAAACCCGAUCACAGACCGAAGGAGUACUUUCCAGGCACACCUGGCUCCUGUGGUGACACCCAGACAAGUAAAGAGAGUUCUUGAAAAAUUAUAUGAGAAUAAGAAAAUUGCAAGUGCUACCCACAACAUAUAUGCAUACAGAAUAUACUGUGAAGGUAAGCAGACAUUCUUACAGGAUUGUGAAGAUGAUGGGGAGACAGCAGCAGGUGGACGUCUUCUUCAUCUUAUGCAGAUUUUGAACGUCCAGAAUGUGUUAGUUGUGGUAUCCCGCUGGUAUGGAGGUAUUCUCUUAGGACCAGAUCGUUUUAAACAUAUAAACAAUUGUGCAAGAAACAUACUUGUGGAAUACAACUAUGUACCUUCAGUGGAAGAAUCAUCUAAACAAGCAGGAAAAAGCAAAAAGAUAAGGAAGGACAACAAGAAGAGAACAGAACACUAAUUUAUUUUUAAAAACUAAAACAAAAAAUAUUUUGCACAUAUUUAUACAAAGAAAACAUGGACAUUGUUGCCUUAUCCAAUACAACAGACAUUUUGUAUUCAAAAGAUAAUUCAGUAAAGCUAUAGAUAUAUUUU